AGAAUCCCAGGAUCACAGAAUGGCGGGUGUGUGAUUACGAUAGAACUUUUCCUGCUGAUUAAAGUUUGAUAGUCCUCCAGUCUGUUAAGGAUGUCUCAAGAGCAGCUGGCGGUUCAGCGGGUCAGGAAGGCUUUUCAAACAGGGAGAUCUAAACCACUGGACUUCAGGGUACAGCAGCUGAAAAACCUACAGCGUUUCAUUUCGGAAAGACAAAACGACUUUAUAGAUGCCCUCAAGAAGGACCUGUACAAGAGCAAGAAUGGAACGCUGCUGUAUGAGAUCUUGGGUCUUGAGGGAGAGAUCAAGCUCGCCCUGAGCAGACUAGCAGAAUGGGCAGCUCCUCGUCCUGUGGUUAAAAGUCUCCUAACCAUCUCGGAUGAGGUUUACAUCCGGCCAGAACCUCUCGGCGUGGUGCUGAUUAUCGGAGCUUGGAAUUAUCCGAUAGCGGUGACGCUACAGCCGCUUGUAGGAGCCAUCGCUGCUGGUAAUGCAGUUGUAGUGAAGCCAUCAGAGGUCAGCUCUUACACUGCCAAGGUCAUGGAGCUCCUGAACACGUACUUGGACCCGGAGAUGUAUCAUGUGGUGACUGGAGGAGUUCCUGAAACCCAGGAGUUGCUGAAGCAGCGUUUCGAUCACAUCUUCUAUACAGGGAACAGCACAGUGGGCAAACUGGUUAUGGAAGCAGCUGCACGUCACCUCACACCAGUCACUCUGGAGCUGGGAGGGAAAAGUCCCUGCUAUAUCGAUAAAGGCUGUGACCUCCGGAUUGCCUGCCGCCGCAUCACAUGGGGGAAGUUUGUUAACUGCGGUCAGACCUGCAUAGCCCCGGAUUAUAUCCUCUGUGAACCUAGCAUCCAAGACAAAGUGGUGGAGGAGAUUAGAAAAUGCAUUCAGGACUUUUAUACGGACGAUCCUAAGACCUUCACAGACUAUGGACGAAUAAUCAAUCAGCGGCAUUUCAAGAGGAUAUUGGCUCUCAUGGAGGGUAGCACAGUGGCUAUAGGGGGCGGACAUGAUGAAUCCCUGUGCUACAUUGCUCCUACUGUUCUAAAAGACGUAACCCCGGAAUCAAAGGUGAUGCAGGAGGAGAUAUUUGGGCCUUUAUUGCCCAUCGUCCCUGUAAAUGGACUGACUGAAGCCAUCCAGUUCAUUAAUGAAAGAGAGAAACCUUUGGCAAUAUAUGUCUUCUCUCCUAGUAAGAAGGUUAUAAAGAAGAUGAUGUCUGAAACGUCAAGUGGCGCGCUAUUGGCCAACGACUGCCUUGUCCACUUUACCAUCAGUGACUUGCCCUUUGGUGGUGUUGGUAACAGCGGGACCGGUUGCUACCACGGCAAAUACACGUUUGAUCAGUUGAGUCACUUGCGCAGCUGUCUCAUUAAAAAUCUAAAAAUGGAAAAACUUAACCUGAUCCGCUACCCUCCUCACACAUCAGGGAAACUGCGCUGGGCCCGAAUGCUCCUCACCAAGCAGGUGAACCUGAAACGCUGGCGCCAGCUGAUGAAGGUGGCUAUGCUUGCGGCGCUGGCAGUUUUUGUGGUUAAGCGGUUCUUGCGAUAAGGUGGCCGAAAAGGAACACGGACCGUCUGAUCUAGGCUUUUCUGGGAACGUCAUCUGUGUACCGUAGAAUUAAUAAUAAUAAUAAUAAUAAUAAUAAAAGUGUAAUGAAACUUUGCUUCAUGCAUUGUGUUAAAAAAAAAAGAAUUGAAUGUAAAUAAAACAAUCAUUAAACACUUGUAUUUGUACAAUUAUAUUCUAUUAUCACCAUAUAUUAUAUUUCAGUGGUUUUGUAAUUUGAUUAUAUUUUUCAUAUCCUUUAAAAAAAAUGAGGAAUUUAAAUUAAAUUACUAAUUAUUUUUGCUAGACACUGGGGUUAUUAAUUGUUGUAAUAUCUUUUAAUGCAUUCAUAUGAUGCAUACAUUUUUUUCAGCACUUAAAAUGCAUUGGAGAAUAACAUGAUGUCAGUUUAAUUGCGAAAAGUGUUAAACUGUUAAACUCUGUACUGAAUGUUAAUCAAGUUGUAUCCAAGGUAUCCAAUUUUACACAGAUAUGUAUGGUACAUUAUCAUUCAUUUUAUAUUAAGGGUUUAUACGCAUAGCUGGAUAAUACUGUUACUUUGGACAAGAGUGGAUAAUAGUGUUACUUUGGACUUUGGGGUGUAAAGAUCAGUUUACUUCGUGUAUUCAUUUGGUAGCUUAGGAUAUGACACAAAGUGUUGAGCUGUGAUUUUAGUCAAAUAAAACUAAUCAUGUGAUUAA